AUGCUCAGGAUGGGCACGCUACCACAUCCAAGGAAGGCAACAGGCGCGCAAAUUACCCACCCUCAGCAUGAGAAGAUACUGACGAAAAAUAACGAGACCGUUCUGUUUGAGGUUGAUUAUCGAAAUGGGUACAGUUUAAACCCGUUAACGAGGGGAUCUAUGAGAGGGCAAGCCUGGUGCUAG